ACUGUGCGGACCAGAGCGGCCAGCCCCACCAGCACGGUACCUCCUGGGAGGAGAACUGCUCCAUCUACAGCUGUGACAACGGCACCGCCACUAGCUCUCCCAAGGAGUGUCCACCACCGGGAGACAGUCAGUGCCGACGGACCAACCCCGGCGAGUGCUGUCCGAUCUACGACUGCGGCUGCAUCGAUGAUGACGGUACACGUCACGAACACGGCUCGCACUGGACUUCCAACUGUCAGGAGCUUGACUGUAAGCACGGCAUCGCAAACAGUCGGCCGGUAACCUGUCCGGACGCUCCGCGACCUGACUGUACUCCGCUACCAAUCACGGUCGGCCGCUGUUGCCCCGAGUUCAACUGUAGCUGCGAUGCGGUUACGUGCCCGUCGUAUCCGACGGCGUCUGGUUGUCAGCAGAGCGGUACCAGUGCAGACGGAUGCUGCACGCUCUACACCUGCGAGGGAGACUGCAGGGACGACCUGAACAGGGUGCACACCGAUGGCUCGAGCUGGUUCGUCGGCUGUGCCCAGUACCGGUGUUCCGCCGGCAACAUUGAGCCUGUGACAGAACCAUGCCCUCCGGCGCCCCACGAGAACUGUACAGCCAUCUAUCUAAAAGGAGACAGCGACGCAGACGGUAACGUCUGCUGCCCGAUCUAUGACUGUGCCAUCCCGGAAUGUGUACUCGGAGAGCGCUCCUUUGAUGGGUGCAACCACUGCCAGUGUCUCCACCCCGGCAAACUGAUCUGCACCGAAAAUAUCUGCACAGAGAAGGGGUGUUCCAUCGAUACUCUAACGAACGGCGUGGAGACAAAGGAACACGGGGCUACGUGGAGUUCUAAGGAAAACCCGUGUUAUGAAUACACGUGUCAGUACGGAGUCAUACGCAACAAAGUGAAGCAGUGCCCACCGAAGCCAGGUGCCCACUGCACUGAGAAGCCCAUCACCGGCAUAUGCUGCCCAGACUGGGAGUGUCCCAACAGUGCGUGCCCGGAGGGUGAGCUCACUUCACCACGCUCCUGGCAAGACGACUGCAACAUUUGCACGUGCACUGAUUCGGGUGUGCUGUGCACAGACUUUGACUGUCACAAAAAAUGUGAGAAGGACGGUGAUCUGUACCCCACCCAAGAGGAGAUCCCGGCGACCAACCAGUGUGAGGAAAGAAUCUGCAUUGAUGGGGUGGCCGUAUCCGUAUACGAGUCCUGCAACCUGCCCCCGGCGAACGCCACCUGCAGCGCGGCAGAGGCAUUCAGCGGCGACUGCUGCCCCUCCUGGUUUUGCACCGGUCUGGAGGGCGUACCGUCUCCCUGCCAGCCAGGCCAACUGUACCAGGGUGACCAGGAGUGCAUGUUCUGCGAGUGCGUCGACGCCCAGGGGGCUGAACCGGCGCAGAUGGUUUGCUCCAAACGGGACUGCGUGCGUGCCGGCUGUGACGACGAUGGCACGUACCACGAGCACGGAAGCGUGUGGAUCUCGGCAGACCCGUGCAAGCAGUACGCCUGUGUCAGCGGCAGAACCAUUACGAUGGAGGUGAAGUGUCCAUCGACACCACCGGGCUGUAUGCCAGUGCCUAACACCGGAAGGUGUUGUCCCCUGCUGUACUGCGGAGAGCCAUGUGAUUACGGACCGGAGCCGCGAGCCCACGGGUGCAACUCGUGCGUAUGCCGCGACGGAAUCGAGUACUGCACCACCGACCAGUGUGAUGACUGAUGGUACCAGCGUCGGGGGCAUUGGUGGUAACGGUACGCAGUGGAUCGGUGUGAGAAAAAUAAACUUAUGAAACUGAAUGAAUGAAAUAAAUCGUGUGGUAGACGAAUAGAGGUAGAUUAAAAAGUGUAUUUUUGCAAUAAGUUUCCACAUGUCAAUUUCAUUAUAUUAUUUCCGGAACAAAAUCAGAAAAGAUAUGUAAAAGUCAAAUUGACCUUAUAUUUUCAUAUCCCUUAAAGUAUUCCGACAUAAUGGUUUUAAAAUAAUGCAACUUCGCAGGUUUUGCCUUAUUUAUAACAGUUUUUCUCUCCUGUUUCAUGAUAUCUUGACACAGACGAGUCUGGAAUCGCAGCAUAGAAGGUUGUCCUCUAGAACGAUGAAUGGUAGCUCUGACCUUAGGUAGCUUUCGCUAAGCGUCAGUCAGCGUCAUAUACUUUUAAAUGGUGAUAAUGUAUCAACUAUCAUGCUCGCGAAUAUGUGGUGACGUAUGGGUCGUCACAAUCAACCUAAGAGCUGUUGCGGAUUUUCGCGAUGCUGGUAAUGGAUGAUGUGAAAAGUAGCCAGCUUCUUGUGUUGUGCUCCUGGCUGCAGGCUCAUUCCAAUCGUCAUCAGACUUAUUUGUAAAUAUUGUGCGCCUGCCUUGUUUGAAGAAAAACGCAGUGGGAGCUUGACAAGUGUUCAGUUUAGAGUUCUGGGAGCGAGAUAAUUAUUUGACGUCUCCGAACUUAAAGCUGCCUACAUUAGCGAUAUUCGACAUGUUGUGUGGCAUGUGCAUGGUGUAGUGUGUAGCCAAGCUACUAUUUUAGACGCUAUUUCGGUCCUAAUGAGACAGUUAUGGGAGAUGUUGUAUUGUGACCGUGGCACCUAUCUGUUAUGUUCAGCUUAAACGUAUAAUACAAUGAAGUUGUUGUAA